UGCAGUAAUUUCUAACUGCGAAGGAACGAAGUUGACGUCGCUGCCGACCGGGCCCGGGCCACGGCCUCAGGGCGGAACGUUUGCGCGGCGAGCCGGUUGCCGGAGGGAGCGUGUGGUGGGCGGGGCGGCCCGGGCGAUGGAGGGUGGUGCUGACAGUCUGUGGGUUGCUGUGGACCCGGCGGCCACGGGCUGAGCUGAGCCGAGCCGAGCCGAGCUGAACGCGAGCACGGCCCAGAGAUGCCGGCGCUGGUGGUGUUCGGGAGGCGCUGGUCCCUGGCCAGUGACGACCUGGUCUUUCCUGGGGCCUUUGAGCUGUUUCUCCGGCUUUUGUGGUGGAUUGGGAUCCUGGUUUUGUACUUGACCUACAGAGGCCAGCUUAAUUGUAAGCAUGGAAGAAUUCUGCCAAGCUACCUCCUGGUGCUGCUUGUCCUUUUGGCUGCAAUCAUAAUCAUCUUACUUGUAAUUGUGUGCACGAGCAUGCGAGGAACAAUCACUAAUCUACGGCCACGGCGGCACAUCCCAGUUCUGAUCUACAUCCGAACUGCACUCUACCUACCCGAGCUGGUCUGGGCUAUCUUGGGCGUAGUCUUGGUCAACGAUGAAACAAUGGGCUGUCCUGCCACUUUGGUUAAUACAAUUUCAAUAGCUGUCAUUGCAAGCUGGAUUUUCUUACUGUUCACGGUGAUUGCAGUUCUCAUUGUCUUCGACCCUCUGGGCAGGCCCAAGCGGCAGGGCUUGGCUCCCGGCGAUGAGCGUAACCUGGUGAGCAGUGAGUCAUUGCAGUUUCUGUACACUGCCCGCUCGAUGGCUGCGCGGGUGUGGGAGUACAGGUUUAAGCUUCUGUGCUGCUGCAUUACGAAGGACGCGGAUAUCCAAGCUGCCUUCACGCACAUCGGCCAACUUUUCAGCAGCUUUUUCAUGGACACGGAUCUAGUGCCUGGUGAUAUUGCCGCAGGGCUGGCUCUCCUACACCUGGAGCAGGAUAAGAUAGAGCAAAGCAGGGACCUGGACGAUGGGGCGUGUGUAGACCCACAACCAGCUUCUGUGGCUGAGGAGCUGGACAGGGAGUUGGAGAAUGCAGCGCACUACAUGCGGUCUGCUGCUGCUAUCUACGGGUGGCCUCUGUACAUCUUCAGUCACCUGCUCACCGGUGUGUGCAAGCUGAACCGUGGCUGCAGCUGUUGCAGAUGCCAAGUUCCUGAGCACGACAUAGUUGGUGGAGACUGCUUGAACUGUCAUUUCCAAUCUAUGCUGCAGACCACAGGGCUGCAAUCCCGUGAUUUUAUCCACAUCAGCUUGCACAACAAGAUUUACGAAAUUCCCUUUUUUGUGGCGCUGGAUCACAAGAAGGAAGCAGUGGUGGUGGCUGUCCGGGGAACACUUUCACUGGAGGAUGCGUUGACAGAUCUGUGCGCAAAUUGCGAGACGUUGAACGUAAGCGGGGUGACAGGAGAAAGUUUGGCACACAAGGGCAUCCUCCAGGCGGCCACUUAUAUCUACAAGAAGCUGAUGAACGACGGGAUUUUGAGUCAAGCCUUUGCAGUUGCUCCUGAGUACAAGUUGGUGGUGACCGGUCACAGUCUGGGUGCAGGCGCCGCCGCUGUCCUCGCCAUCAUGCUCCACGCCUCAUUCCCGACGCUGCGCUGCUACGCCUUCUCGCCGCCAGGAGGGCUGCUGAGCAAAGCGCUGGCCGAUUACAGCAGAGGGUUUGUCCUGUCUGUCGUUUUGGGCAGGGAUCUCAUCCCAAGGCUGAGCCUGCCCAACGUCGAGGAUCUGAAGAAACGGAUACUGCGGAUUGUCGCUCACUGCAACCGGCCCAAGUAUCAGAUUCUCCUGCGGGGCUGCUGGUACGAAGUCUUCGGCGGAGACCCGGGAGGCUUCCCCACCGAGCUGGACAGAGAGCCCCGGGCCCAGCUGACCCAGCCGCUGCUGGCUGAGCACACCCUGCGGGGCGGCCACUCCAAUUCCAGUAGCUUCACCUCCGACGUGUCGCCUCCGGGAUCGCCCUUCCGAGGGCCGCCCCUCUUCCUGCCGGGAAGGGUCAUUCACAUCAGGGAGGAGACCAGCACCGGAUGCCUGUGCUUUUCCAAGGUGAAGUACCACGCCGUGUGGAGCGAUUCCUCUUCCUUCGGCAAGAUCCUCAUCAGCCCCAAGAUGAUAACGGAUCACAUGCCAGAUUUGCUGUUGAAUGUCCUGCAGGAUCUAACGCAAGAGACUCCUCAUCUCCUCUGCCCCUCGCCUGACGCUACGCCGAGUGAAACCCUCCCCGCCUAACUGAGCCCUUUAAAGACAGUGGAGCAUGCUGGGAGAGAGCUGGACAGUGUAACCCGCGGCCACGGCGGGACCUGCACAACAAGCUUGUUUCUCUGUAUUGGGCUCCUCGCGUCUGUCUCCAACGUUCCGAGUGUUUUCUUUCAUAAAGACACUGAAUUAGUGAUGAUAUUCACUUAGGACAACAUAAUGGAUCUGAUUAUCUGUACUAACCUGAAGCACCUUGUAAUGAUGGUAAGCUGAGGAGAUUGAAGAGAUCUCCCAAAAAGAACUAUUAGGAUGUCCUAGGCCAGAACUUCUUUUCCGAUCUCUCGAAGUGGAGUUUAUGUGAGUAGUGUAACAUAUAAACCUGAAUGAAUCAAUCCAUAUUGUAGGAUGGAUAUAUAUUUAUAUAAUUAUGUCCCAACUUGGUGAUGGGUUUGGGGGCAGGCACUGCCUGCUCUCCCUGCCCAGUGAGGUCGGUGUGUUUCCUCUGCUCACAGCCCUCUGGUGUGUGGCUGAGAUGAUCGAUGUUCCCUUUUCCAGUUUGGUCUGAGGCUUGCUGGUGGGAUGUGGGCCCUGUUGUCUUUGCUUGCUGGGUGUCCUCGUUGGAAAGUAAUAGGUUGAAAUAGUUUUAAAUAGUUAAAAAGCGAUAAGAAACGUAAUUGGAAUAUUAAGAUGCACAAGGGGGAGGGCAAGAGGAAGACAGAUGUUGUACAUCCAGCUGGUUUGUUGUGUCAUUAUUGCAGUUACUAAAACUGGCCCCUCUGAUUCAGUAACCACUCUUCAACCUCCAGCCAUGUGCCACUAUAGUUUCUGUACUCAGAACUUCACUUUUUUGGAUCCUGUUUGGGAUUGUUGCCUUGGCAACUGUCCAGUCUGAGCUCAAUUCCUCUUUAAUAGUUAUUCAUAGGGGGGCGGGAGGAAUGAAACUGCAGAUACUGCAAACCUUGUGUGUAAUAUCAGUCCAGGGUAGAGCCACAGAGCAUCGAGUCCUUCUGUCUCGGGUGUUAGGUGCUGUUUCUAUUUUUGUCCACCCUCUGUGUGCUUCAGUACCCGUGGAUUGAGAUCUCCACCCUGUGUGCUCAGUACCCGUGGAUUGAGAUCUCCACCCUGUGUGCUCAGUACCCGAGGGACCAGGUACUCUUCCACUGGCCAAUGUCGUGAAGUAUUUGCUAUCCUGGAGUGCUCUGGUGCUGGAGUCCAGCGUCGGCCAUGGGAAUUGUGCAAUCCAUUCCCUGUGAAAUCUUGUGGCCAGGAAUCUUGAUCCCGAGGAGGUUUCUGGUGUUUGAUCCCCUGUCUUCAUGCCUGCGGAGAGGUGGGGGUGAUAUCCAAAGCUUCCAGGAGGGCAGAUGCUUGUUCACAGUAAACCAGGCCUCUGGCUGCCUGCUGCUUCACUCCGUGGACCCAAUAACCAAAGGUGUGGAGAGGCUUUGGGCACCGGUUUGUGUGGGGAUUGUGGAAGCUUUUAAACUCUCCAGUGCCUUACUGCUGACUUGUGUGACAGCUCUCACCAUGGGCUACCUACCCUGAACUUUCACCUCUGUGCUUUCAUCCUCAUCUCAAGAUUGUUUAAGAUUCAAGAUUAUAUAUAUAUAUAUCUCACCAUGAGCAUUUCUACCCAGAAAUCUUCGCCUUUUUUUUUCAUUCUUACCUGUUGAAAUAUCACAGACAGCAUUCUUAAUAGGAAAAUUGAGUCAAAAUAGCCAUGGUCAAACACUAACACAGGACCCCUGUGCCAGUCUCAGCUCAUGAAGCUUGCUUGGCUGUGACGAUAUCUCGCAGGCUGAGCGGGGAUAUUGGCAGUAAACUCGUUCUGACUGUGUGGGCUGGGACGUUCUGUGCCGUAGACCAGUGGUACAAGUAUCAAGGCUGAGCUGCCUGUGGGAAAACCUUGCACUCUGGUAGUGUUGCUCUGAAUGAAGAACUGAACCAAGGACACUGAAAGUUCCCAACACUGCGAACCUCUGGAGCUGGGGGAUUGUUGAGCUGUGGUGACGUGGCAUAUCAACUUCAUGUUUUUUAAGCCCAUUACCCCAACUGGGGCAUAGGGAGCCAACAGCAGCUUGCCAGGGUCCUGGGCUGGUAGAAGGUUGAUUAGCUCUGUGACUUCCACUUUCACCACACAAAUUCAUACGUCCUCUCGGUGAAGAUCAUUCCCCCCCCCCCCAUGGAUGGGGUUUAUGUAGUUCUGGGUUUUUAUGGGAUGGGGUUGCUAGCACGCCUUUCACAGCCGGGCUUGGGCCAUUCCACGGCAGAGUUCAACACUGAGAACCUUGGAGUUGGCCGGGGCAUUUUUGAGUUGUGGUGACUUGGCGCAACAACUUCACCGAGCGACUUUUUUGCUGCAGUUAGAUUCUGCCUGCUGACUACCCCAGCAGAUGUUGGUCAUUGUUGCUCAGCUCGGCUUCUUCUCAUUUUGUUCCUUAUGGCAGCGUCAGCCGCGAUCACCACGGGAAGUUGAGAGACUCGGUGCUGGUACUUAUGGCAACUGACAUCACAGGUUGCCCACAUCAGAAACCCUGGUUCCAGCCCUCCUGUUCAGUCACCCUCAACUCACUUUUUACAAUGCUCAAGUUUAAUUAUCAUUCAACUGUACAUGAAUAUAACCAAACAAAACAGUGUUUCUCUGGGGCUAAGGUGCAAAACGUAUUACCACAAGCACACAGCACGUAGCCAUGUGUUCGUUAAGCAGCUGAUUUUUGUAAUCUGCAUAAAUAAGUGAUUAUGACAAGUUUGCUUCUAACUUUAUUUAUCAAAGCCCAAGAGUUUGAGAGUUUGUGUACAACUUUUUUUUUAACAAUGAGUGCCACUAAUGGAUUCUAAAGCUGUGUGAAUCAAGUGAUACUUAAUCCUGUUCUGUAAAUAUUGAAAACUACAAUGUACAUCAUUCCAGCCAAUGUACAAAAUAAAGUUGCCAAACGAUGUUUUCUAAGCAAAUCGAAUUGCCCUGAUGAAGGGUCUGU